AUACGAAGACUCAGCAAUGAGGCACUGAGCCAAUGAGAGGAUGAGGAUUUCAAUAACGGGAGUCCUCACAUCCGCGCGUAACGGGAAGGGACGUUUACUACAUCAGCCACGAACCCUACGCUCACGGAAACGAGUGUAAUAUAAACUUUAAGAUGCAGUUUAUGCUGCUUUUCAGCAGACAGGGAAAGCUGCGUCUUCAGAAAUGGUAUGUGGCACUGUCUGAUACCCAGAAGAAGAAGAUCUCACGAGAGGUCAUACAGAUGGUGCUGGCACGCAAACCCAAGAUGUGCAGUUUUCUGGAAUGGAGGGAUUUGAAAAUAGUCUAUAAAAGAUAUGCCAGUUUGUACUUCUGCUGUGCUGUGGAGGACCAGGAAAAUGAGUUGAUAACCCUGGAGAUAAUCCACAGAUAUGUGGAGCUGUUGGACAAGUAUUUUGGCAGUGUUUGUGAACUGGACAUUAUCUUCAACUUUGAGAAGGCCUAUUACAUCUUGGAUGAGUUUAUUCUGGGUGGAGAAGCACAAGAGACAUCGAAGAAGAACGUUCUGAAAGCCAUAGAGCAGGCUGACAUGCUGCAGGAGGAAGCUGAGACACCACGCAGUGUUCUGGAAGAGAUUGGACUGACAUAAAACCUGAGAACUCACCCAGCUGAAAUAUUAAAAUACCCCUUACUUUCUUUAUCCGUGGGCAUGUUAAAUACUCCCAAAUACUCCAUAUCUGUGUUAUAGAUUAGCUUUUAGUCAAAGCUUUUUACAAAAUCCACUUGAGACAACAAAAAUAAUUAAGUAUUGAAGGCUGCAAUGUUACUGCUAAACAUCUGGGGGAAUUGAGCAUAUUGAAAUAUAUAUCUGCACGUUAUAAUACAGUAGAUAUGUAAAUUUCCCAUAGUGCUUGACUGUUUGGAUUCAGGUUUGGGUCAAUACAUGUGUAGCACAGACUUGUGUCAACUAUAUUCAUUCACUAAAACGUCUUCUCUGUGUUAUAACAUUACCUCUCACCUUCAGCUGCCUUAAAACACUCCCUAACAGCUGAAACAGUUUGCCAGUAUCUUAUGCAACUUUUUAGGCCCACAUCAAUGAGACAAUGGGCUGUUACUGUUUUAGACAAUAAGCAUUAGGGACUGAACAUUCCUACUCUGUUUUCAACAGGGAAAUGCAAAAUAUACUGUGGGUUGUUGGUAGAGUCGUAAAUUAAACAUUGAGAAAUGUUUGGCAUAAAUUCUUAUGAAGAUGUGUUAAAGAUGGCACAAGUAAACAUCAGUAUUAUAUAAACCUUUGACCAAUAACACUGUAAUAAAUUUCUUCAUCUAAACACUUAAUUGGUUCAGACCGAUCAGUAGUUUUACCAGUUGACAGUUUUAUUUCCAAUGCCAAAGAAUACUCCACCAUGCUCACGCCUUUCUUUGAACAAUAAAAUGGUUUCCAUUUACUCACGCAAAUGCUGUUUAAACCUAUGUGACUGGAACACCAGAGAAAUUUUCAAAAAUGUGAAUGCUGCUUUUCUCCAAUACAAUGAACAUAAAUAGAGUCUUUAACUUUUAUCAUCCACAAAAUGAAUACAAGUCAUAUAGGUUUUAAUGCAUCUGGAUGAGUAAAUCAUGACAAAAAUGUCAUUUUGGCUGGACUAUCCUUUAUAAAAACAUGUAUCUUUGUAUGGUAUCUUAUUAAAGUGACUUGCUGUUGAAAAUAUAUGUUACUUGCAGUUUCAUCUGAACAAAACAAUGAAUAAAAGUGAGAUAAUG